UCCAAGAUGUCUUGCCAAAUCAGAGCUGUUUCUCUGCUCGUUCUCGUCCUGCUGGCGAUAUCCUACUCGGAGGCAAGUCUUCGUCAUCGCUCUGUUACCUCUGAUACUCCCACUGCCGCGAAUAAGUUCAGCUCCCGAAUUAUUGGAGGACAAGUGUCAGAUGUCCUAGCGGCGCCCUAUCUAGUUUCCGUCCAAAAUGCACUUGGCAACCACUUUUGUGGCGGCGUCAUGAUCCACGAUCAGUGGGUGGUCACCGCGGCAAGUUGCUUGGCAGGAUUGCGAAAGAACAAUGUGAGGGUGGUGACCACCACCUAUAACGACUGGGGAGCAGAGGGCUGGUGGUAUGCCGUGGAGGAGAUCGUGCUGCACUGCAACUUCGACCAGCCGAUGUAUCACAACGACAUCGCCCUGAUCAAGACCCAAACUUUGUUCGCCUGGGAUGAAGUGACGCAGAAUAUCACCAUUGCUCCGUUGGAGGAUUUGACGGAGGGUGAGACACUGACCAUGUACGGAUGGGGCAGCACGGAAAUUGGAGGUGAUUUCGCCUGGGAGCUGCACCAGCUGGACUUGACCUACGUGACACCGGCGAAGUGCAAUGCCACGUAUGGCGGCACCGCAGAUCUCGAUCUGGGUCACCUUUGCGCCGUGGGAAAGGUGGGAGCCGGAGCCUGUCAUGGCGAUGCCGGAGGACCCCUAGUCGACAGUCGAGGUCGCCUGGUGGGCAUUGGCAAUUGGGGCGUGCCCUGCGCCUACGGAUUCCCCGAUGUCUUCGCUCGCAUUAGCUUCUACUACAGUUGGAUUAUAUCCACUAUCAAUGGUUGCGCUAUUAAAUAAUAAAGUGGUGUGAACUUUGUGGUCCGACUUUCUGAAUCAGUUGUGGUGACAUACACAUUCCAAGGAACCUUAUCCAUAUUUUUUUGUUAAAUGUUCACGAAGAGAAACCCUUUUGGUCAAAGUCAAAAACUUUUAAUUCAGAUGGAUUUAGUCCAAAGUCUCAAAUUUUUAAUCAAUAAAAUAGUGAACAAUUA